AGCUGCAACAUCAUGGCGGCAAUUAAUGUUAUCCAACGCGUUAACUGGCCAGCGGCUUCCGAGGUCCCGCCACGCCGCCGCGUUGCCGCCCACGCCGUUACAUCCUCAUCCACCGCAACCACCACCACCGCCACCCCAUAUGCCAACACGUAUGAAAUCACGCAACCAGGUGCAGGGCAACAACUGCAGCAGCAUCUGCGGCCCUCAUUCAUAUCGGGCCCGCAGCGACCGCGCGGACUGCCCGCCGCCGCUGCAGCUGCUGCUGCUCGUCGGAAUGUCUCCUGCGGCGCCCUGAUCUCCUACGUCGAAGUUACCUCAGGCAGCGACUACCCGGAGGAUCUGUCCGUUGAAGUGCACCCCUCGGAGGCCGCAGUGGGGGACAGAAUAUGCCAGUUGGUGGUGCAGGCGGCCCGUACGGCAGUUUCCCAGCGUGGUGUGUUUUUCCUGGCCAUCCCGGGGGGCUCCGUACUGAAGAUGUGCGGCGGCCUCGUGGGUCAGCCCAUGCCCUGGGACCGGACUUUCUUGUUCUACGUGAACCACAAGUGUGUUCCCCCCGGUGACAAGUCCUCCACUCACCAGAAGGCGCUGGACCUGUUCCUGACCCGCGUGGGGGCGCCGCUGGCCCAGGUGGCGGCACUGCAGGGGGGCUCGGACCCGGUAGUGGAGGCGCGGGAGUACGAAUCCCGGCUCCGACAGGUCGCCGUACAGUACGGCAUGGACCUGACUUCCGACGUGGUUCCCCGAUUCGACCUUAUGCUGCUGGGUAUGGGUGCUGACGGCCAUGUGGGGUCUCUGUAUCCGGGCCGCCCCGAAACCAGCAUCACUGGUCCCGGAGCCCCCUUGGUGCUGCCUGUGGAUAAGAAGCAGCCGCCCUCCAUCACCCUGUCGCUACCCGUUAUGUGCGCAGCUAAGCAGGUGGUCGUGGCUAUGACGGGUGGCAGCAAGGCAGAGGCGGUUCGGUCCGCUCUGCAGGUUCCGGAUAGCGACCUGCCCGCCCGCCUCGUGCGUCCCGUGGAGGGGGGCAGUGCGGUCUGGAUCAUGGACGCACCGGCAGCCGCCAGGCUGGACGUAGCGGGGGGAGCCCGGGCGCUGCUGGCUGCGGACCUGGCGGCUAGGGGACUGUGAGGAAGUGGUGGCGCAUGUGCGUGUGAAGGGGGACCUAUUGGGUUUUGUUGGAAUGAGGUCCGGAGAUUAAGGGUGGAAGUGUAUGAAAGUGUAUGGGGUAAGGAGAUCCGCCGGCGCGAGUAUGGAUUUGUUGCCUGGCGGUUAGCGCCGUUAGCUUGUGCUUCAGUAUGGUUUUGUCGGGUGGGUGUCAAAAUGAGAUAAUGAGGUUUAUUAUUUUGGGCUUGGUUGUAGCAUGAUCCAGGGAUGAGUUGCAUUGGAAUGCGGAGCAUGAUCUGCUGGUUGGGAUAAAGUUGUUAUGAUGAUGGGCACCUUAGACUGUGCUUUUGGUUAUGCG